UGACAUUCAGUAUAAAUUAAAAUUUCAUUUUGUUUUCUUAGUUAUGAUUUAAAUUACUUAAUUGGAAUAACGUUCUAAAUGAAAAUGAAUAGCACGCCCAUAUUAUAUAUUAUUAUAUUGUUGCGGCUCUGCUGAAAUUAGGGUUAAUAACUAUGUUGAAACAAUUUAUAUGAAAGUGCGAUUAUCAACGUGGGAGAUUAGUUUUUUUCUAUAAAAAUGAAGCCCGGAAAGAGUGUUGAUGUAAAAGAGGAGAUAGCAGAAGUUCAUACUGCUGCUCGUUCACCAUCUCCGAAGCAUAAAAACAGAUCAAGAUCGCGUUCUGGCUCCAGAAAGUUGUCGAAUGGCCAUCCAGAAGUAUCGGAAAGUAUUGAGGCAGCUCCCGCACCAGAAGAUAAUCCCACAGAUAAAUCUAAAACACGGGAUAGUUGGAUAAAAUCUGAACACGAGUCUUUAGAUAUAGAACUGCCGAUACAUGACCAAAUAAAGCAAGAUAUUUUAGGUUUCGUUGAGAAAGAAUUCAAAAAGUCUGAUAAAACCCCGUCUUUCGUAUUUUACUCCCACGAUCCUAAUGGUUUGGACGAGAAGUUUAUGAAGACAUUAUCGAGACCCUCUAGCAGUCACAAGGAGAAACGUAGUCCAUCAUAUCGGAAGAAGAAACGGCACUCUUCAAAACAUAGGGAUCGGGAUCUGCAUGAUUUUGAUAUACCUGGGUCAAGUCUCAGUGCAUUGGAAAAGGUUGAUGAUUAUUUAAAAGAGUACAAUAAAGAUGAAGUAGUCACUCUUAGUGGUGAAUUGGAGAUUGAGGCUAACGAUCUUGAAAACAACAAUGGAACACCAAAGGAUGUACGUCACAAACCGAGAAAGACUCGACGGAAAACCAGAGAGGAGAGACAAGACACUAAUGCCAAUGGACGAGACAUCAGCCCCAAAGUGUUUAAAACAGCCAGUAAAGGAAAAACAGGAGCUAAGCCAGGUCGACCAACUGACUUAACAAGAAUGCUGGAAAGUUUAGAAUCAAAUAUGCCCUACCAUGAUCAGUACAUAGAUAACCCAUUUUCAUCACCAUCACCGUUAACAUCCCCUAAUGAUGAAAGACUGAAUCCGUUUGGGUCUCACCGACCUGAGAAGAUAUAUUUGCAAGGAGGUGGGACAUUCAGAGCAGUAUCCAGAGAUAGGAUUCUUGAAUCUCAACAGUCAAGAGAUACAGAUAAAUAUUUGAGAAUGGGUGAUCUGACACCCCUAGACGUAGCAAUAACCGCGCAAAAAGCAUGGCGCAGCUGCGCUCUAGCCUGCCACGGUGUCCUCGGAGGGCUGUCACUGAUGCACUUGCUCCUCAUCAGUUACUCAGAUGGUCUCGACGCAGGACACUUGUCGUUCCAUGCGGUUGUCACGAUGCCAUAUGUGGCAGCGUAUUACUUCUUUUGCGUGCUGUGUUUACUUUCCGUUUUGGAUAGAUUGGACGUGACCAGCUUAGAUUUGACCAGAGGUCUGCAACCAUACUUCCAGCCCAUAGUCCUUGUGAUAUUGUAUACGGCGUGCCUGUUGGUUUGUAACGCGGCGCGGAUGUACGACGAACUGAUGGUGUACCAGUACGCUCCAAUGGUGUACAACAUGACUGGCUGCAAUGUUACCACUCCAACAAUACCAACUUUCUACCACACCUGGACCCAUUUUUCAAUAUGGCGGGCCGUGCUAUCAAUCCUCGGUCUGGUGUACUUCGUGAUAUCCAAUCCACAAGACUUAGUGUAUGCGAAUCUCAGCAAAUUACUGCAGUUCAAGCAUUCCCUGCAAAGUAUUGGAUGAUCACUCUCCAAACGUUGUCUAUGGUAUAGUAUAUUUUUAUUAGUCAUAGAGUAAAUGUGUUAAGAUUGAUCAAAUGGAAAUUGCAUGGUGGGCACAAAAUUGGAGACAAUACAUUUGUUACAUAGAAAAAUAUCACCUUUCGCGCGUCUUCCGUCUUAAUAAACUGAAGUAGUUGAUAGAAAGAGAUAGUAGAACAUCAACCUAUCCCUUAUGUCGAUACAUUCAGUGGUAACUUAAGAGCGUUCAUACCUUAGCGUACCGAAAUAUGGCGACGUCACAAUUAUUUGUCAACUGUCAAAAAGAAUUGAAAUUGUUUUAAUAUUUAUGAUUGAUUGCUUAAUAAAUACAUUGAUUGCGAACAUAUAUCUAAAAUUAUGUAAUUUUAGAUAUCAUUGUCAUAUCAUUUUUUUUUUAAAUUAUUAGUACAAAUAUGUGUACAUGGCGGACUUAAUGCUAAAAGCAUUCUCUCCCAGUCAACCAUAGGGUAGUGUCAGAAUACUCGAAUGCGGUACUACUAAUUAUUGAUAUACAUACAUACUAAAAUUACAUAUAUAAAUGAAUAAAUAUAUAUGAAUAACAAAUAUACUUACACAUAUAUGAUGUAUACUAUAUUAUACACGAAUUUGGAAAUAAUAUAAAGCACUUACUGCUCGGAUAAAAAUAAAAAGUGAGCGUGAACGCUUAUUUUGAAAGACGGUUUAGUCGGUAGUCUCUUAAAGGCAUCAGGAAGCGCUUUCUUUAACUGUUCACUGCUGAACAUAAGUCGCCCCCUUGGAAGGGUUUUGCCAGUAAUUGCCACGCUUGGCAAGCGGAUUGGCAACCGCAGUUAGGCUUUGGAGUUAUUUUUAUAGGAACGCUGCUGUCCUUACCGCGCCCUCCCCAGUCGCCUCUUAUGACAUACGAAAUAUUGGGCUGUUGAUGACAAAAAAUGUAUUUGAAAAAUUCUAAAACAAAACAUGAAGUAGAUCUAAAGUUUUUAGUGGUGGUAGAUUUAUAUGUAGAUAACAUGUUUAAAGGUUUUUUUUCGCUAACAAAGCACUAUGUAAUCAACUAGACAUAUUGAAAAUUGCUAGUUUAAAAUUGACAGAUAUCGCGCCCUUGUCGCACCUCGAUAAGCUAAAGUAUAAACACCCUUAAUACAUAAUUAUGACGAAAUGUGACAUUUUCGAAGUUAAACUGCUGCUAAUGUGGCUUUCUGUACUCGAAAGAAUAUUUAAAACCGGUCGAAUACGUUAUGAGUUUAUAAAUUGAAAUCUUUUUAUUAUAUUAGUUUAGUUAUUAUUAUUAUAUCAGCCAUUAACUGGCCUUGACAAUAGCGUCCCUUUUAAACGUGACCAAAGCAUAACUGCGGUUGCCAACUCACAUUCCAAGCGUGGCAACUACUGUCCAACACCCCCUAUGGGGGAGGCCUAUGUUUAGUUUAGAUACACAUCACUGAAAUAGUCCGUCAAAGGUGUUUGCGUCAAUUUUAUGUUCAUAUUGCAAUUUUCAUAUGGUUUUAAGCUUGUUAGUUGCUGGAUAAAAUAUAUAUUUGAACGCCAUAUUGGUUUAAUAUUUAAAAUAUAAGUUUUAUUUUCACACUUGAGUGUAAUUUAUUAUAUUUAGUGGCCAUUAAAGUGGCGUUUAAUGAAUUGACAUUUAUUAUGAACAAAUAAUGAUAUGUAAAUGAAAAAAAAAAUGUAAAUCAGCAGAUAAUAAAAUCUCAUUUAAAAUAUACUUAAUAAAAUAAUUGUUAAAUUGUAAUAACUUAUAUGUUUAACAUAAGUUAGUAUACAGACAGAUAGACAGCCGGACAAUAUCUGAAAUAUACAGAUGGGAGAUCGUAAUGGUAACAUAUAAUGAUCUUUUUAGAAUUAUUGAUGGUAUUUUUAAAAUAAAAAAAAAAAGCUAUUCAAUUUGACAUUAUAUGCAAUUUUGUAAUUCAAUGUAAUUUUAAGUUUUAUAUGGACAAAGUGCAAUUUUUUUUUAUAAUAUACAUUCAUAAUUUGUGUUAAUUUAACCAUACAUAUAUAUCAAGUCUGUCUAACUGUAUGUAGAAACAGUUAAAAUAACAUUUACUGAUAAUUUUCAAAAUAUUAUCUUAAUUAACUAAAUUAAUAAUAAACACUUGUACUCUUUCACAAACUCUAGAAGAGUGCAAAUGUUUUUAUAAUAAUAUCACUACAUAAAAAAAAAGAAAUUUUUCCAGUAGGCAUGGGUAAUAUCGAUGCCAAUAUACCAAUAUCUAUACAUUGGGUUUUGAUGCACAUUAUUGACAGAAGAAAGAUCUUCAACUAUUGCUAUAUCAUCCAUACCCGUCGGAAAUCUAUAUUCAUUUCGAUUGGAUUGGAUAUAGGAUAUUUAAUUAUAUUUGUUAUUGGAUCAAUAAAUAGAUAUUGUAUAUUAUAUAUUACCCACCCUUGGUUUCUACUAAGUCUUAUGUAAACCAGUGAUUUUUAUUCCGAUGAAAAUCAAAUUAAUGCUAAGUCAACCCCAAAUAGAACCUAAUAUGAAUGUGUUAAGGUUAAAAAUAAUACUGCAGUCAACCGCCUUUCAUGUUUUCUAGUCUUCUUAUAAAAUUAAAAAAAUAAAAUUAAAAUAUUAAAAUUUAUAAUACAUUUAUAUAAUACGUAAUUAAAUGGCAACUGUUAUUAAAAUAAGUAUGUCGUACUCUAUAUAAUAUGUAUAGAAUACAAAUUAUAUUAAAGUGCAUAUAAUAAAUGUACUUCAAGCAAUGAAUUUGACGAAAAAGUUACAUUUAUUUGUCGUAUUUAGCAGAGCGUUUUUUUUUUUCGCUUUUCUAAGAUGCACCGGAUCAAUGCUGGAUAGGGUAAAUCUAAUAACCACUAAUAAUAAUUAAUUUAAUAAAUUAAUAACAAAUAUGUAUCCAUUAAAAUUUUCCUCAAUUUUCCAUAAAAUUAAUUUGAUCUCAUUAUUGUAACAAAUGUCUAGUCAAAACGUAUUUGCCAAAUAUCCAAAUAGGUUUAAGUAUGCAUAAUAAAUGUGAAGAUAUUUUUGAGACAAAUCUAUAAAAUAUCUUAGUACUUAUCUUUCUUUUUUUUUUAUUGUCAUAAAAAUAUAUAACGUCAGCUUGUAAGCGUCUGUACAUAUAUAUCUUGGCUAUGCGGUUCCGAUUUUUAUGCCGCUACAUUACCCCAUGUUUACUUGCCAAAACACUGAUUAUGGUUACUCGAAAAAAGAUGGUGAAAGAAUGGUCAUCGCCUAUACCCGUCGAAUAUAUAUAUAUAUAUAUAUAUAUAUAUAUAUAUAUAUAU